UGGCCUUUUAUCUUCGUUCCCGUCUUAACAAAACACUUCCGAAGUCUAAUUUGACCCCAAAUUUUGAGGGCACAAAUGAAGCGAAUGCUUUUGUUCACGCUCACCGCCCUGUUUUGUGCUACGAGUCGCGAUGUAGGACUGUGCCACAUGUGCACAACAGACCUGUGCGGGAGAUGCUGCCGCCCUACAGGAGAUGGCUGCGAAAAUAAUUUCCACAGAACGAUGAGAGGGAAUGAUUACAGCGACGACGUAUACUGCAGACUCUGCGACUGCAGCAAUCCAAGCACAGGAUGUGGAUGGGUUGGAGACACCUACGGGAAAGUGAUCUGCACGAGUUGCGAUUUUAUCAAGCAUGCCUCUGUCAAAGUAAAAUAUUUCGAUAUAGCAGGCUGUGGACAUGAACUGAAGAGGGGAAACCUCCUCAAUAGUGCCUGACGUGGUGAACAAAAGAUGAUAUCAGCCCUAUCGUGGGGAGCACCUCUCGAGUGGGUACCCCCCCCACAUUUGGAUCUUCCCGUCGGUGUGCUUUCGACCACGUGUUAGUUUUGUUUGUUUUUUUUGUUAAUUAUUUUUUAACUCAUCAAUUUGUUUAUUUUGCGAGUGUCUCGAGGUUG